CAUUUUGAUCCUGGUAGAAAAAAAGGCCCACUAGUUAAAACAUUAUAAAAACCGUCCCCAGCCGGGUGGUAAGGCAUCAGUCGCUUUAGGUCCACCGUCCAAACCCAGUGUUUGUAGGCCAUAUUUGUUCAAUUGGCAGCAUCAAUUAUGAAGGCAUUUGUGGUCUUUUGCGUGGCUUUGGCCGCGGCUUCCUCAUCGGCAGUCGACGAAUCCUCAAAGAAGGACAAACGUGGUAUUUGGGAUCUGGGCUACGGUCACCAUGACUCGUUAUCCUAUGAUAGCCAUUAUUACGACAGCAACCCGUGGACGCCCAUCAAGCACAAUUACGCAGACGAUCAUCACCAUGCGAUCGAGGUCGAGAAGAAGAUCGUAGUGGAGAAACAUGUUCCGUAUGUCGUGGAGAAGAAGAUUCCGGUUCACGUUGAUCGCCCAGUGCCAUAUCCAGUGGAAGUGAAGGUCCCGGUUGUCCACAAGGAGUACGUCGAAGUGCCGAAACCGUAUGCCGUGCAUGUGGAGAAGCACGUCCCGGUGUACAUCCCCAAGCCGGUUUAUGUGGAGAAGCCAGUGCCGGUCAGCAUCUACAUCAAGCAGAAGAAGAAGCACUGGGGUUGGUUCUAAGGGGGUGGAAUCAGGGAGACUGAGUACCUUAUUAAACAAAGAUCGUUGAGUUAAUUUUAAA